UUCGUUUUGAUUUUGAAGCCUUGAGGCUGGUACAAUCUUUCGCAACUGUUUAUUUUCGGCGGAUAACGACUCUUGAACGAACAACGAGGACAUCGAAAAAUUUUCCAUGGUGAACAACAACAAGGUGACCUUCUUACGAGCAGCUAGUUGCAAAAGCAAAAAGUAGAGAAGCGCAACACUGUACUGGAAAACGACUCGAUUCUUUCACGUAGAAUCACGCGCUUUCAGAAUCUAUUGAAAAGCGACUAGGUUCUUUCAUGUUUUUUUUAUAACUGUAGCACACGUUCACAUUCAGAAUUCAGAUUCAGUAGUAACUGCUGCCAAAGGGCGACUGUCUAUUUGUUCUUAUUUUUACCGCAGUAUCUAUCAGAUGCAAAGUCAAGUGGUAGACUUCUGGUACUGUUCUACGUAACAACCAACGCGAAGAGGUACAGCAGAUUUGUAAAGAAACUCGCUCGCUACUCACCCUACAAAACCUCCUACCUAGAAAUACAAUAUAAGUACAUAGAUGCGGCAAGUUGACGACUUUUUUUCUUUGUGAUCAACUUGUCUCUCUAGUCUUUGAUUGUCCACAACUUCGAACGAGGAGAUUGUCCACAACUGCAGCGUAGUUAGGUGGUAGCAAAGCGUAAAAGGCUAAAAAGAAAAAAUAAAAAACAAGAAGAAGUUCCUCCUGCUCGUCACAGCACAACUUUUAGACUUUUCAGCUCAACAACCUCUCGAUCACUUCACAGACUUUUAGAAGCUACAGCUUUUUACUCACAACAGAAACAGUUCAUGCAGGCUUUUUACCUUUUCAAAACAGCAAUUUUAACAGACGACAACUCCUGUUCAGGAGCAGUUCUAUCAGUCGACUUUGUAACUUUUAGCCAACCAGGUAGCUUUCGACAACAAAAAGACUUUAGAUUAAGGCUCUCUUUCCUCGAAGACAACUUUUCUGAAAAACACGUUUUUGACAUUGACUUACGACACACGUUUUAACUUUUCAACAACAGCUUUUUACUUGCAGCAGCAGACUUUUAACUUUCGACGCUUCUACCUUUCUAAGUUUUACAGCAGGGUAGACAAGUUAGGCUCUCGCUCCUAGCAACAGUCCAUUUUUCUAAGGCAGAGGCCAAAGCAGCUCUGCCAAGUGGUCCUUUUUCUUGAAAUAGCGCUAAUCAUGUGAGGGGAAACACAAACUUCCAAACGGUUCCACAUGACCUUCAACAACAAACAAACAAACAAACUUCGAACGAGGAAAAUUAAUCUCCAUCUGUAUAAACUAGUUGCAUUUAUCUUGCUUUAUUUCACUAUCAUAUCUCCGCAGUUGAGAGAACUAUUACCUACCUUCACUAGAAGUAGUGCACGUUUCUUCCACUGCUGGUCCGUAGUUCGUUGUGUUAUUAUUUGCACGUCGUGUCCAACUCCAAGUCCAAUCGGGCGAACAACAUGGCACGAUUCUAUUGGUGCCGGGCGCAUUUUUCGCCUGUCAUACUGAGCUGGAUCACCACCUUCCUACUUUUGAACAAUCCGGCCCUCCCCACUGGGAUUGUGUCAGCGCACGAAGUCCUGGAGAAAGUUGUCUUCGAGGUUGAAUGGAAUGCGAAAACGGGCGAGGCAAGACUCAAGUUGCGAAGUCCUGGCCCUGCCCCCCAGACCGACGAGCUCUCCGAAUUCAGCGGCGAUGACGCUCGAUCCGAUGACGCAUCGUUUCCACAGGCGGGCGCACCGGCGCUUCGCGCAGCCCCGCAGACCGACACAGUGAAGGAGCAGUCCUACAGACUGCGGAAAUUCGCAGCGCAGGAACGGGAAAGACUCGAGCAGACGGGUGUCUGGCCUGCGGUUCUGGAGUUCCAGAUUCUGCCAUCCGCAGUCACAGAAGAAGAAUUGCAGAGGCGCAUGCUGGAAGAGAAGGCGCAGCACGAUUUGCAAGAGCAAAUUUGUGCGAAAAUGGCAGGGAUGGCGGUAAUAUCAGUCCCACCUUCUGAGCAGCGGCGUGCAGAACAAGUCGUGCCAGGAAUGCCCUCAGCCCACUCGGUGAAAUUAUCCUCACCCGCCGGGGGCAGCUCUCCUGACAUGAGCGCGCCGUCUUGCAGCAGCUGGGUGCCUUCCGCGGAGCUGAUGGAACUGCGGAGGCAGCUGGAGGAGAGCCAGGAGUUCCCAACCAGCAUCCGGGUACUGCGUGACGUUCUUAGCACCGCCGUCGUUGACCGUUCGAAGAACACGCACCGCACAAACGCGGCGGCGCAAAUGCGAAAACACCAGGUCGGGCGGGAGGCGGAGUCGUAUUCGCAGGCGAGGGCGCCAGCGCCAGCAGGGCAAGCGCAAGUUCCAACACCUUACCCAGCAGCUUCUUCGCAGGAGGGCAGUGCUCUAUCCAGCGCUGGCUACUCCAUUUCGUAUCCGAAGCUGCGGCUUAAAAAGUUGGGCAGGCGCCUCCCGCUUCCAGCUUCACCGCCCCGCGCGAAUCCGCCCAUGUCCUCGUCUCUGUCUGCCGUCCCACUGGAGACACUCAGCCUGCAGGUUGUACCCGGGUUUUUCGGCAAUGAUCCUAAGGAGUUUCCCAGAGGGCGUUUGCGAGAACAGGAGCCGAGCGACCUGGUCGAUAUCCAUCUUCUGGGCAACGGUUGGGACACGUCUUACGCAGGGUUCCACCGAAAGCUUACCUACUGGCCCGCCGAUGGUCGGUGCGCAAAGCUCCGCGAUGGCCAUUGGGCUUUGCCCUCGGCGUUCCGGGAACGCCUGUGGGAUUACAACCAAGAGGAAUUCGAGACCCCGGCUUCGGAGGAGGACCGAGAACGUGAUCCGGGAUGUAUGAACACCGGUCCGGUUCACCGCAAGGAUAUGGAGCGCAAAAAGAAGAAACUUCUCCGCGAGUGGGCGGGCGCCAAGUAUCUGACGUUUGAGCUGAACCGCCGCGUGAACAUGUGCCAGCAAACCCUGGACGCCGCUCGUCGCAAUCUCGGAGAUCUCGCCGCACCAGACCGUAGCGGCGCAUCCAGCGCCGAGCAUCAGCCGCGCCCGGGAAGGACCGCCGAGCAAAUCGCCGUGCUACAAUCUCGGAAAGAAGAGGCGAAGACGGCGCUGCAGUCGGCACAGACGGAGCUGCAGUCUGAGCACACUCGGCUCGAGCAGACGCCGCCAGCGACACAGUGGGACGAGAUCAAGCGCACGCUGCGCCGCAGUGGAGCACCAGAGGCGUUGCGGCAGGGUUUGAAGGCGGAAAAAGAAGCACUGGACGAAGCGCUGCAGACAUAUGACCAGUUGCUGCAGAAUCUCGCCCAGGGACUGGUCGAGCCUGCUUAUCACAUACCGAACCUGCACGUAUGGCGAGUCCGAAAAGUGUCCGCUGACAACGAUAUCGCUGACGAAGUUUUCGAGGACGACGACGCCUACCAGAAGGAGCUCGCGGCGCAGCUGCAGCAGAACGGCGCGAGUCGGCUUGCGCCCUUUCAGCACGGCAACGAGCAGCUGCGCGCGAUUAAGGAGACCAAUACGGCAGACAGCCUUCCACCGCUCAAUACCAGCGAAGGCACGAGCCAGCGGGUCAUACCAGAGUACGCCAGUGCUGCUGCACCUGUGCCGGAAGGCAGCACGCAUCCACCGGAGGUGACUCAAGAACGCAGUGGGAAGAAGAAAAACAGUUUUUCCUCGUAA